AUGCGUUACUCUCUGUGGUGCUCCAUUUUUGGGGGCCUUGUUGGAGGCGCCUCAGCCACCCAAGCAUCUCCGGCUCACGUGCAGGAGCUUAAGGAACGUUGGGGUGAAGAUUGGGCAUUUUCAGGGAUUACUACUUUUGGCCACUUGGAGCAUGUCCAUUGUCUCACCAAUCCCGACACGCCAUUUGACAUAGGGAUCAUUGGCACGCCAUUCGACACGGCCGUGAGCUAUCGACCUGGUGCGCGUAUGGGCCCGCGUGCCAUUCGCACCGCCUCUGCUCGCCAUAUCCCAUCGCGCGCUUUCCAUGCCGCAGCCCAAAUCAAUCCGUAUCAAUCAUGGGCACGUGUGCUAGACUGUGGAGAUAUCCCCGUCACUCCAUUUGACAACGCCGUCGCCGUCCAUCAAAUGACCGAGGCCUACCGGGAGCUGGGCUCUCGGAGGACAACCACCGGGACGGGCAAGCCCAAGCUCAUCACCCUCGGUGGAGAUCAUCUCGUGGCGCUUCCCGCCCUCCGAGCUCUUCGUGAACAGUACGGUGAGCCCGUGGCUCUCUUACAUUUCGAUUCUCACCUUGACUCGCUGCAUCCCGAUCGGUACCCCUCGGCUUGGACUUCCAUGCAAUCUCAGUUCAACCACGGCUCUGUCUUCUGGAAUGCCAUGAAGGAGGGCCUAAUCUCGAACUCCUCAUCACUACACGCCGGUAUCAACACCCGUCUAAGUGGGAAUUCCUUCCAGGACCUAGAGGACGACGACAAGCAGGGUUUUCUGCGCAUUGCCGCCGACGAGGUGGACACCAUUGGCGCGGCCGGCAUCGUCGAUCGCAUUCAUCAGCAUAUCCCCAAGGAUCAGCCAGUCUACAUGAGUAUUGACAUCGAUGUACUAGAUCCCGCGUUUGCUCCGGGAACGGGAGCCCCUGAACCGGGUGGCUGGACCACGCGCGAGAUGAUCAAAAUCUUGCGGGGUGUCAUGGAUCUGAACAUUGUCGGAGCUGAUAUCGUCGAGGUAGCCCCAGCCUACGACACCCCAGGAGGUGAAACCGCAUAUUUGGCGGCAAAUCUGGCGUAUGAACUGGUCACUGGCAUGGUGGCCCGAGAACAGAAGUUCCAGGCGCCAGCGGGCGGGCAACAAGUUCCGGUAGGGAUAAUGAAAGAGCCCAACGAAUAUGAGGUGUGCUACCGCCUCAAUCCCGGCGCUGAAAAUGUCCUCAACGGACUGUUGAAGCAAAUCAGCUAG